AUACAAAAUUUUAGUUUUAGUACUUCAUACCUCAUGUAGAUUCUGAAACAGCCUUGGAAACAUCAUGAAUAACCGGAAGACGAACGGAAGCGCUGAGAGCCGCUGGCGCGAUCACGUCGCCGCGUCGGCGCCGAUCAGAGCAGAAAUGCCGCGCAGAAAUGAAGACUUCGGUGCACCUGACAAGAAAAUUCAGUCGCCGCCUCUGCCUCCUGCCCCAGCACCAGCCUCAGCACCAGCAGCCUCACUCCUGCAGCGCCUCAAGCAGCAAGCGACGCAAUUUACGAGCCCCCUCCCCCUCCUCUCCCGUGGUCCUGCCCCCCAGCCCCCCAAACCCCCCACCGACGAGGGUCUAAGGAAAGGACUCAUCGUCCUGGGCCCCGAGUCUACAUUCGGCAGCAAAUCUUACACCAAAUACAGCGAUAUUGACGAGAAGACACUGAGUACAGGUGUGCCGUGCAUGCGGUCCGACAGUCUGACGAGCUCCGAGCUCGGUCUCAGCCGCGGCAGGAGGCAUCAUUGCUCCCGACGAUGGUGCUUCUGCCUGGUCCUCGCUGUGCUCUUCGUCGCCAUCGGGGCAGCGGCCGGCAUCUACUUCGCCUACCAAUUUUUGGGCUUGGAGCCCUCCAAGGUGCAAGUAUUCAAGGGCAAACUGCGAGUAAUGGGUAUUGACAGAAGCAUAACGUCUCUGAGGAGUUAUGGUUUGAGACGAGAUAAUGGAUCUGAUCGCUUCAGAGAGCCCUACACUCGCAACAACCGCAGUAGCUUCAGCAACUUGGCCAGCUCCAGGAUGGUUGCUAACAACUCCAUGCAGGGACGAAGUGCGAACUCUUUUCGUGGUACCAACACGAGACGAGGGAUGUUCGACCAAACCACUGAACAAUUUGAAGCUCCGUGGAGGGAGGCUCUAUCAGACACUACAGGAGAGGAAUACCUAGCCACCCUUAGAGCCUUCCAGCAACGCAUGGACCGCAUCUACUCCACCUCGCUCUUCAAAGUGGCAUUCAUCCGAUCUGAAAUUUUAGCUCUUGACAGAGGAGAAGAAGAUUCGCUGGUUGUGCACUUCAAUCUCCACAUCGACCAACAAAAACUGCGCCUCGACGCUGCCGACCUCUACAUUGUGCUGCUCUCUGAAAUCCGGAAAUCAAACUCUGAUGCAUUUGCUGGUCUGCAGCUGGACGAAGAUAGCCUCGAAAUUGAAGAGCGGAUUUUGUCGCUGCAAAACGCAUCGACAAUGCCGACAGACUCCAGCAUCCCAGUGCACACUGUUGAACCUCCCGGCGCUUCUUCGUUGGGUUCCAACUAUCCAAGCCGUUUCGCGACCCAGAGUUCACGAGUCCUUGCCACUCCUUCGCCCAGAGUUUGCUCUAAGCUUGACCUCACGUAUUGCUCGACGCUGCAUCACAACGUCACCACCUACCCGAACCUCAUGGGCCAUAUUGAUCUCUCGGAUGCUGAAAAAGAUCUUGCGUUUAUCAGGGAAAUGGUUGACUCUUCAUGCCACUCGCUGGCCCUGGAGUUCAUGUGUGAGGUGCUACAGCCAGACUGCCAUAAAUUUUCCCAGCCAACGUCACGAGGAACCUUUGAAGACGAACUCAUUCCUCCGUGUCGGGAUUUUUGCGAGGAGGUGAUGGGCGCCUGCAGGACUCGGCUUCCUCCUCAUCUUCGACUCAAAAUUGACUGCGGAAAAUUCCCUCUCUUCCAAGACGGCCACAAGUGCACGGCAAAACCUGGAUGCUCCCGAGAGCUGCACCUGAAAGGGUGGGCAGAGCGCGUGUGUGACGGCGUCGUUGAUUGUCUCGACAUGUCGGACGAGGAUCACUGCGCCUCCUGCUCCCCAGGCUCCUUCAGGUGCGGUGGCGGGUCCCAAUGUGUUUCUCAGGACCGCAAAUGUGAUGGCAUCGAAGACUGCGCCAACGGCGCCGACGAACGCAGUUGCUUAUCGCUGACAUCGACGCCGACCGACGAGUCUGCCCUGAAGGACCAGCGCUGGACGCGCUACAACAGAGAGGGGUUGCUGCGGUACACGGAGGCGGGUGACCCCUCACGCGUGUGUGUGGACAACAUAAACAAAACCCUCACGACCAGGGAGGCCCACCAGCUUAUCCACAACAUGGCUGAGGUCACAUGUGAUCUACUCACUUAUGGAGGCGUGGACCUGGUAGAGGUUGUUGUGGAGGACGGUUUUGACCACGUGCCGGGUCUGGGGUAUGUCCAGAUAAGUGACGUGCAUAAAAGCAACAUCACUUUUGAGCGCGUCAACUGUACCAAGCGUACAGUCGUGUACAUGGCCUGCUCCGAGCUUGCAUGCGGCGUACGGCCGCUGUACCUCAGCAACCGCGAGCCUGCGUAUAUCGACCGCGUGGCACGGACGGCCGGAGCCGGCGAUUGGCCGUGGGCGGCCGCGCUGCUCAAAGACGGCCUCCACACGUGCGACGCGACCCUGGUCCACCCAACAUGGCUGCUCACCACGGCCAACUGCUUCAAAGGGCACGGCCGGGCGCUGUGGGUGGCGCGUAUGGGCAGCGUGCGUAUCUCGUCGCAGGCGCCGUGGGUGCAGGAGCGACUCAUCGUCGGCAUGGUCAAGUCCGUCGUCAAGGGCAGCCAGAUGGUCCUCGUUAAGCUUGAGGAAGAAGUCCAGCUAAGCGACUACGUGCGGCCGGUGUGUCUCGGUUCUCACCACAACUCGUCUCAACUCAUGUCUCGCAACUGCCGAGCUCUGGGCUGGGGCACGAGACGUGAUCCGCUGAUAGAACUUCGAGCGAACGUAACGAGCGGCAACUACUGCAGCAAACGGGUGCUAGACUUCGGCAACGGGGGCAACGGGCCCAUAUCCUACGCCUCCAGAGACGUCCUGUGCGGGCAACAGAAACAUCCUACCGAACGAUGUUUGCUCGAGGAGAUGAGUGGUGCAGGGCUGCUGUGUGAGUGGGCCGGGCGGUGGGAGGUGGUGGGGGUGGCGGUGGCGGGGACAGGAUGCAACACGGGGGCGCGCCCCCGCGUCUACGACGACGUUAAUCCCACCGCCGUUAAAUGGAUCAAAAUGACGAUAGCGGCCUUUGCCAAAGAGUCUGUAUAAGCCUUAAUCUCUUAACCUUAGUUCGCUACGUUGUGACGCGUUCAUCAUAAUCUUAAACCAAAACGAGCAUUCCGUUCCAACAAAGAUUAGUGAAUCGAUUGAGAUUUGCUCAGCUAUUUUUUUUUCUGAAAUAUCUUUUUAGUUAUUGGUCAUACUAUAAUAGCUGGAUAUAUUGUAAACUAUCACCGUUUGUGCGAGUGGCGAAAGAUUAAUUUCUUUCUAACGUUUAUUUUUGUGCUCAUGUGAAUAUUAUUUGUCUACAUGAAGUUUCCUAUGAUGCUGAUCUGAUCUAUUUCUGUAUUUGGGAAGUCUAUUAAUCCUAAGUAAGUCUAUUUUUAUGAAAGGUGGAGGUACAAUCACUGAGCGUUAUUCUGGCGCUAGUCCACGCACAGAUACCGAGUCGUUAACUGAGAACUGUAGGAAUCAACUGAACCUUUCGAAGGAGUAACCAACUAUAGGCAGGAGAUCAGUUUGGCAUUGCAUGUACACUGGACUAGUAAUGUAGGUUUGCAUCGCACUUCGGGAACGACCGACUGUAGUAAAACGAAUGCAUUCCGCUGUACUCAUCACCAACACCUCGAAACCGGACAAACAAAAUUCAGUGAAAUGCACGUAACACAUAAAGUUGUUACAUGUGCCCUCAAUGCCGCAGAAAAUUUGUCAACAGAACUUGAAAAUGCCUCCCAAGAAGAGAGGAAAUCGUCCUCCCAAAACAACAAGUAAAUACUAUGAUGGAAAUUCAACUUAUUUAAUUGAAUACUGAAAUGAAAUGUUUUUUUUUUUAUGCGUUGAAUGCACACUUUUGUCGAAUAACUUGAAAUUAUGUUGUUCCUUAUUUGCAGGAACAUAAUAGGUAUAUAACUUUUGAAUGUUUUCUUUAUAGCAAAACUUCCGAAUACCUAACAUCGUCUCAUCCCUUGAAUUCAUGGACAAUUUCAAAAUUUUCUUCUUCAUGUGGCUGUGUAAAUUCAUAUCUAUUGAAUAUUAAGAUUUUUAAUUUUUCUUCAUUUUGACCGUCGUAAAUUUUUCUUAAUAUAAACUGUUUCCUAUUCACAAUUCGAUAAUAAGUAAUUUAUUAUCGAAUAUUGAAUAUACUCGAUGACGAGUCAAGCACAAAGUUUCAUCCUCUGCACCGGAUUUGUCAUUUCAAAAAUUCAAACUGUAGCGAAUAAGGCAAUCUGCAAUCUACAUAAGCAAUUGCGAUUACGGAAAAAUUGCGGAAAGCUGUUUAAUCUGAUUAAACUAAUCAGAUUAAACUAUAGACUAAUUAAAUUGCGGAAAGCUGUUUAAUCUGAUCUGACGCUGUGCUAUCAGAACUUUAUUAAGUACAUGUAGCGUCCCAAAUACACGUAGCGGCCGAUUUCUCGUCUAUGAUCGGAAAGUUUAAUUUGAAAACACGUCAGUGAUUGGCUGGUGGAGUUUCUUUUUUGAAUACGGCCGCUGUGAUUAAGAACAUCAUUAGUGGUCGGUGAAAAAUCAGAUAAUGAAGUUGUACAUGCAGUACUGGUUCCAAAUUAUGGUAUUGCAAAGCAGUGAACAAACUGUAGGUUCUAUAGAUCUUAAGAGUGUUAACGAUUUGAAACAAACUUUUAUUAUGCUACAUUAGAUGUUGAGAAAUCUCAUUGAAAUUAUUUAAAACUGCUUCUUUUCUUGGAACUGUAUUUUUAGCACCCUCUGCGAGACAGCUUGGUAUUAUAAAUCUAGGUACAUUAAAAGUCUAUCACUAUUGAAAGAGCAUGUGUGUGUAGUGAAUGUUUAUGCCACAAUGUGCUGUAAAUAGCAACCUGCAAUGUAGCUUCAUUACUAUGAUACUAUAGAUAAUAAGUAUAGAAUUUAGCCAAGUAACACUCUAACAUAUCAUUGUGACAUCCUUCUGAACACUAAUUGAAUGAUGAGCUCUGAUUAUGUUUGAUGUUCUACAAUGCAAAGGAGUAAAUCAUGCAAAUUAGACUCCCAUUUAAAAAAAACGUAUAUUAGACUCGAGUAUCAUAAUUAUCAAA